GGCAAAGCAGGAAAACAAUAUUUCCGCAGUCAAGGAACUCAAGUUAGAAUUAUUCGAUGAUGGAAUGGAUGUUUUACCUCUGGUGCUAUGUAACAGUGAUAAAACUGUGGAAUUCGUGUCACCUCGCGCGAGCAGAACUCACACUAAAAAUAGCGAAAUUAAUAUCAAUCGAUUAAUGAAAGAAAAUGAGAGUCAAGAAAGAGUGGAUAGACCCUGUAGAUCGCGGGCUGAGAAACCGAGACAAAGAAUACUUAAGAAUACUGAAGUAAUGCCACAGAGGAAAGGAAUAUUAAAGUUGGAUAAAACAAAAGCCAGCAAGAUUCCGAAGAUAGUUAAUUCCCCGAGGAAUUUAUUUGUAUGUUCUGCACCAAGGAUUAAAAGACGAGAUCCGGAGAGUGGUCGUAAGAGUAUGAUCCCGAGAGCGCGCCAGAGCGUCCCAAAGCGCGCGCUGGACGACAGUGCCCUCACCAGCAGCACCCCGAGAGAAGGGAAGUUAAAUGUUACUCUGUAAUUUACUGUAUUCUUAUGAUAGAUAUAUUUUCUUACUGC